AUGGCAAAUAAAAAGCCCCUUAAAGUGUUAUUCGCGCCCAUCUUAUUCGAGGGUCACGUCAAUCCCUGUAUCGGUAUUGCGAUGCAAUUGAUAGCCGACGGACACCGCGCGGUGUUUACGGCGAACGAUGUCUGGCGACCAAAACUGGCCGCUUAUGGCAUCGAAACGGUAGAGUUGGCCAAUAGUAGCGCAACUGAUGGUCGGGCCAUCGAUACGGCCCGCAGUUCGCAAUCAAUGGUAUCGUUUGGUUUGAUUGGCGGCGCGUCGGCCAUAGAGAAGGUGCGACUCGAGGUAAACGCCAUCGAGUUUUGGACGAAAAGCGUCCAGUAUUUCGACACACAGUUGGCCCGUCUGUUGCCCGCCAUUCGGCCCGAUGUCAUAGUUUUGGAUCAGUUGGUGACACUGCCGGCGGCCGAGUUGUCUGGCAUACCGUGUGUGUGGUUGUGGAGCGCCGGCCCUCUCGUGAUGCUCGACGAUGAGAGGACACCGCCCGGCAAAUCAGGACUGUCCGCUACGGGCGACCCGAGACUGUGGCGCGAGUUUCGCCAAUUGGUUAGAGACGUGAGGAGAGAGAAGUGGCGGACGUUUAACGAUUGGGUGGUCGGCCGGGGCUGCGAACCACUGCCCGAAUAUUGCUUUCACAACUCUGCGCGUUAUCUUCAUAUAUACGGCUACCCCUUGGAGUUGGACUAUCAGGACAUCCGUCCGUUGGAUCGCAAUUACGUCCGAUUUGACAAUUUUAAGCGCAACGAACGGCACAUGAUAUUCGCUGUGCCGCCAGAGUUGGCCGCAAAGCCCGGAAAAUUAGUUUACUUUUCGUUGGGCUCUCUCUGUCCGGUCGACGUGCAAAACAUGCGCCGAUUGGUCGCCAUUUUGGCCAAAUCUCCGCACCGUUUCAUCGUAUCGAUGGGUCCGAAGCAUAUGGAGUACACUCUGGCCGACAAUAUGUGGGGCGCGGCGUCUGUGCCGCAGAUCCGAGUCCUACCGCUCGUAGAUCUGGUCAUAACUCACGGCGGCUUAAAUACGGUGACCGAAAGCCUAUACUUCGGGCGACCGAUGAUAGCUAUGCCUGUAUUCAGCGAACAGUACGAUAACGCGCAGAGACUGCACGAUAAGGGCUUUGGUCUACGACUGGACGCAUACAAGUGCUCAGAGGAGGAGCUGUUGGCGGCGAUCGAGACUCUGCUAAACGAUCGCCAAUUGGCUGAACGGUUGGCCGAAGUCUCCCGAAGAAUACAAACCGAUAAUAGUUUGGCAAAAGUGUCGCAACUUAUUGAGAAUUUUGUUCAAAAUCCACACAAAUAUAUUGAUUAG